AUGUACGCCGCUCAGAAUAUAACGCCAACAGUUUUGGAUGCCAUGAACGGAAAUGUUUCCGAAUGGUAUAACGAAUGCGACAAUGCCAGUAGAAGGUCAGAAAUAGUUCCUGGAACUUACGAAUAUACAACUGCUGUUUCUUAUGGAAACGUAGGUGAGUUUGGAGAAGGUUCUUCAACAACAGUAGAUAUUGCUUGCGACAGGUUUCAUAUUAUUUCUAUUGACAACUCAUUCUUAUACGUGGAACAAGACAUUGAAAUAAAACCUUCUGCCAAGUUGUCUGACAAGAAAGGUUGCAAUGGAAUUUUCUAUGUCGGAUACCAAUAUGCUCCAGAAGUUUUCAUGGGAUAUAAGAUAUAUUCUAACUCUGACUUAGUUCAAACAGUAACAUGGGCAAACUAUGAAUGGUUCGCUUUGAGAAACUCAGUACAACCACAAGCUAGAGAACAAACAGACCAGUAUGCCACCAUUGAGAAAAUAAGAAGACUUGACCCUAACGUUCCAGGAGUUUAUGUUAACCUUUCUGGUUCAGAUGGAACUGCUGCCACUAAAGUAAAACUGAAACUUAGAGUUCCUUUGUCAUCUUUCCUCAUCUUCAGGUUUUUAAGAUACUUGCCAAACUGGGCAGGAAAAAUUUCUAUUGAACUUACUCCAAGCAAAAAUAACUUAGUCAUUGCACCAACACAAGACCCAUUCACUAUUACAGACGUAAAGGGAACAAAUCAAACGUCAUUUGCCGAAUUUUGCAAAGACAAAG